AUGGCAGAAUCGCGAGAUAACUUAUCGGUAAUCAGUCGCCUUGGAUUAGCUCUAAACCGAUGCAACUUUUCUUCUUUUUGCAUAAAGCCACUUCAGGUGAAGUGCUUCGAGUAUUUACUGAAUGGAUACGAUGUUAUUGCCGUUCUGCCGACUGGUUUUGGCAAAUCGCUCCUGUUUCAGCUUUUACCAAAUUUCUUGCCUGUAAAGGCAGACAAGAAUGUUGUCAUCGUUGUUUGUCCUCUGAACUCUAUUAUGGAGGACCAACUUAAAGUGUUAGAAGAGAGAGGAGUCACUGCCGAUGUUCUGCAGCUGGCCAGUGAUGAUCGGGAGGGUAUCGAGAGUCUGUUCAAUCCAGAAGACAACGACGAAAGCGUGGACGUGUCAAAGCUAAAAAGUCCCUCCAAGAAUCUCCUCAGGGGAGAUGUACAGAUAGUAUUUGCCCAUCCAGAGUCCCUUUUAAGCAAAGACGGACGAGAGCUGAUGAAAGGCAAAGUCUUCCAAUGA